UUGAGAGGAGUGGUGUGUUUGUUCACUCUCCUCCUCCCCCCCUCUACUCUCUGUGGGACUGUUUCUGUAAGAGACUGUGAAGCUGGCUGAAUUACUCGCUGCUAUGACAGUUGCAGAGACGCACAAACCGGUUUAAGAUACUUCUAUCUUGCAUUUCUGCCUCUUUUUUUUAUAAUGCUGGGAUGCCUCAGUGGGUGUAGAGCCUCGGGAGACACAUUUCCUUAAACAUGCGGCCGUUCCUGCGCCGUCGCCUGUCCCCUCUGAAACUGGCGAUCCUUGGGGGGACUCUGUUCAUGGUGGUCCUAGUGGUUCUUCAGAGGGACGUCAGCUCUACCUCUGCUGCAGACCCCUGGUUUCAGGAGCUGGUGGACAAGAAGGACAAAAUGAUCAUCAUGGUUCGAGAGGCGGUCAACAACAUUGGUUUCCAGAUCCAAGCCCCGCAUCCACCACCAGUACAGGAGCAGCCCACCCACGAUUCCAAAUGUCCUCCUGGCCUCUACACACAGACUGAACUGAAGCCUCACCUGGAAAGGCCGCCGCAGGAACCCAAUAGCUACGGGGAAGAUGCAAAGUCAUUUCAGAAAGACCACAUGACCCCAGAGGAGGAGAAGGAGAAGGAAGAGGGCAUGACGCGACACUGUUUCAACCAGUUUGCCUCCGACCGCAUCUCACUCAGUCGUGGUCUUGGGGAGGACACAAGGCCUGUGGAGUGCGUGGAGAGGAAGUUCCGCCGCUGCCCUCCUCUGCCCAACACCAGCGUUAUUAUAGUCUUCCACAACGAGGCUUGGUCCACCCUCCUCCGGACUGUCCACAGUGUUCUACACACAUCUCCUGCUAUCCUUCUCCAUGAGAUCAUCCUGGUAGAUGACGCCAGCACAGCAGAGCACCUCAAGGUCCAACUGGAGGAGUACGUCCGCCCGCUGAAGAUUGUCCAUGUAAUCAGGCAGAAGGAAAGGAAGGGCCUCAUUACAGCCAGACUGCUGGGUGCCAGUUUCGCUCAGGGAGAAAUCCUCACCUUCCUUGACGCACACUGUGAGUGUUUCCAUGGUUGGCUAGAGCCAUUGUUGGCCCGCAUUGUUGAAGAACCCACCGCUGUUGUUAGUCCAGAAAUCACCACAAUUGACCUCAACAGCUUUCAGUUUCACAAACCUGUGGUCACAAACCGCGCUUACAACAGAGGGACAUUUGACUGGAGCUUAACGUUUGGCUGGGAGGCCAUUCCUGAGGAGGCAAGGAAGCUGCGCAAGGAUGAAACCUACCCUGUGAAAACACCUACUUUUGCUGGAGGUCUCUUCUCAAUCUCAAAGAAGUACUUUGAACACAUUGGUACAUAUGAUGACCAGAUGGAGAUAUGGGGUGGAGAAAAUGUGGAGAUGUCAUUCAGGGUGUGGCAGUGUGGCGGUCAGCUAGAGAUCAUCCCUUGUUCUGUGGUUGGCCAUGUUUUCCGCACCAAGAGCCCCCAUACUUUCCCCAAAGGUACAGAAGUCACUCGCAACCAGGUUCGCUUGGCUGAGGUCUGGAUGGAUGACUACAAGAAGAUCUUCUAUCGUCGCAACAAGAACGCUGCAACCAUGGCCAGUGAGCACAAGUACGGGGACGUCACUGACCGUCUGAAUCUCAAAGAGCGGCUUCAGUGUAAGAAUUUCACCUGGUACCUCAACACAGUCUACCCAGAGGCCUUCAUUCCAGACUUGGCGCCAGAAAAAUACGGCGCACUUAGAAACUCAGGAUCUAAAACCUGUUUGGAUGUCGGCGAGCACAACGAGGGAGGCAAACCUCUGAUCAUGUACACCUGUCACAACAUGGGAGGCAACCAGUAUUUUGAAUACUCAUCUCAUAAGGAGCUGCGCCAUAACAUUGGUAAGCAGCUGUGUCUACAUGCCACUCCUUAUCCAGAGCGGGUGAAGAUUGAGCUAUGUCAGCGCAAGGGGAAGGGCACCAGUUUAUCACCACAACAGGAGUGGGUCUUUACAGAGGAAAAUCUUCUGAAGAACCCCAGCAGUGGAAAAUGUUUACAAUUAAAAGAAGGCAGAACUAAGAUGGACGACUGUAACGCCGCUGAUCUCUACCAACACUGGUCUUUCAGCUGACCUCCCAGUGUUCACAUCAGGUGACCUCUGGCACUCUGUGCCCCUGUCCUCAGACUCUACACUGAUCCAGAAGAACUUUGUGCUGUGAAGCUUGGGGCAUCUGGUAAAAGCACAAUGACUGAUAAAAAAUGGAGGACAGAGUAAAGACACUCACAUCAGAUGAUGAUGAUGAAAGGACAUACACUUUUUAAUUUAUUUAUGGGGGAAUCUCAGGAAGGAAAGACAUUUGAAGUUGGGGGACACCUAUUACCCAUUGAGUGUGGAAGGUAUGUGUACAUGAGUUACAGCUUAAUCAUGGGGUGAGGGCUGUAAACUGUAAUGAUCUUAAUUCAAUGAAUUUACAUUCUUAUAUGAAACAUCACUGUAUAGUGACCUGUUUUGCUUUCUAUGGCAAUGAAAUAAUGCAAAACGUCUCCUGAGGACCAAGAGAUUAAUAGUGCAGAAUGAUUAACUAAUGAAAUAUACCAGCAACCAACAAUUAGUUGUCCUGGUUAUUAUUAGUAGAAUGUUUUUUUAUGUUGUAGGCAGGUGAUUGUUGUUAAUCAUUUACCCAGUAAACCAAACCCUGAAGGAAUGAUUCACCGAGUUUUUCUUGUAGUUCCUGAUGCUACACGUAUUAAAAAAGAAACAAUUGGAUUUAGAGUUGGGGUUGCAUUUAGUUGUUUGGACACAGUCAUUACUCAAACAACACUGUGAAAACCGCCCUACCAGAGGCUAUUUAGUGAUAAGGACUCUUUCUGUGACAAAGCUAUAGCCUCUGUUUGGUCACAGGUGAUGUUUGCACAACAUUUGUCCAAGGUGUGGUUGAGCAAGGAACAUUCCUACUCCUGAAUCUUGACAGAAAGUGAAUGGGCUGGAUUUUCUGCAGUUUGCUAAACCUGCUCUUAUAGAAUGUGCACAUUUACCACUGAUGCAUUUACUUUUGACUAGUACACUUAAAGCAUGCAUGUCUAAAGUGCGACCUGGGACCAAAGACAGAAUUUCAUGUGGACCUCUGUAUGAACCUCCACACAUAAUUGUUUAAUUUAUUUCUAUUACUUACUCAUGUUUAGGGGCAGUAGGGAACUUCAUACCAGCACCUUUUUGAUUGGAAGGGCAUCUUAUAGGGCACUACACUUUUCUCCACGAGAAAAGCACUCCUUUGGAAACAAACACAUUUUUAAUGUAUAUUUCGCUUUAGAGGCUACUUAUAAUGACAAUGUUUUUAUAUAUACCAUUUUUUAUACCACUCUAGAGUAAAAUAAUCAUCGUCUUAAUCUAUUCACAUCUUAUUCUACAGACUGAACAGAACUUUGUUUCUCACAGAUCGGCACAAAUAUCACACGGUAAUCAUUUUAAAUGUGUUUUUUAAAUGAAAAUGAGAGUAACAAUGUAAAAAAAACUCCAUUCCCUCUGAUAUCGCAAAUCAUGUGCAAUUAUAUAUUUCUUUGUUGGAGCAAGAAAACGUGUAAAAUAUAAAGGGCAGUGGGUCCCAAGGACCAGGAUUGAGAAAACCUGCUCUACAGAGUAUUUUGCAUGCGUCUUGUGAUUCAAGGGAACUUUAGUGCACUGCAUUUUUGUCCAUUAGGGCAGUGGUUCCCAAACUUUUCACAGUCCCAUACCCCUUCAGACAUUUGACCGCCAGUCAUGUGUCCCCCAACACACACAUCAAAUAAAAUCUCUUCAAAUCAA